GGGCGCGGACGUCAUACGUAGGAAAUUCGGCGCGCGAAAGCUGUAGCAGGAAGUGCGAGAGCAGCUGAGGGGAAACGGCGGCCAACUCGGGAUUUUGAAUCUAGCGAACUACUUCCACAAAUCUACCAACAUCUACAUCGAUAUGGCAGACCCGAAGGACCAGGAGGAGCACGAAGCCACUGCCGACAAUGCGGAGGACACCAACCACGACCCCCACUUUGAGCCCAUCGUGUCCCUUCCCGAGCAGGACGUGAAAACAUUAGAGGAGGACGAGGAGGAACUCUUCAAAAUGCGGGCCAAGCUUUAUCGUUUCGCCUCCGAGAACGAGCCUCCAGAGUGGAAGGAGAGGGGAACCGGUGACGUCAAGCUGCUGAAACACAAAGAGAAGGGCACAAUCCGCCUCCUGAUGAGGAGAGACCGGACCUUGAAGAUCUGCGCCAAUCAUCACAUUAUGCCUGCGAUGGAGCUGAAGCCCAACGCUGGCAGUGACCGGGCAUGGGUGUGGAACACACUAGCAGACUAUGCUGACGAAUGCCCCAAACCUGAACUCCUGGCAAUACGCUUUUUAAACGCAGAAAAUGCCCAGAAGUUCAAGGGGAAGUUUGAUGAGUGCAAGGAAGAGGUCAGAAAAAGUCUCGACGGAACAGGUGACACUGACGGCACAAACAAGGUGGCGGAGAAGCUGGAGGAGCUCUCGGUAAAAGACAAGGCAUCAGAAGAAAAGAAGGCAGAGGACAAAAAGCAGACCGAGAAGAAAGAAGACAAGAAGGAGGUGAAGGCGGAGGAGAAGAAUUGAGAACCAAGAAGUCGCUUUGCUGAUCUUCAAUUUAUCGGUUUUUCCUCUUUUUCUACGAUAGACUCUAAACGAACUGAAUUUGGACACUUGCUUAUUAUUAGUUUAUUUUUUUUAUUAUUCUGUUUUGCCUCGAGAUCACAAGUCCUUGACGCCACUGGGGAGAAGAAAAAAAAACAAGAUAGAGAAUUUAUGGAGAAAAAGAAACCAGUUCCCUCCCCUCCCCUCGUUUGCACCGUGGAAUGCCACACCUUCCAUUCUUGUCAUCUACAGUCCAAUGUUACAAUUGACAAACUGUGAAAAGAGGCUUGUGAUAGUGAUAAUUCCCACAUUGGGGUAUUUUUUUUUUGUUAUUCUGAAGCAGAGUUUGUAUGCAAGAGGAGAGGAUAAUGUAGCCUGCUUGUCAGCAGCAGAGGGUCAGGAACCAGGUGUGGUGGAGGUGCAUUAUGAAUCUUAAAAAAUCCCAGAGGUCAUCUUGGUGGGCCUUCUAUCCCCUGUCCACUGUACCCGCUUCCACUGUUAGCAACCGCAAGUAAGGUGAAGACUUUUUCAGCAAAUGCCUUGUAGAAAUAGUUCUCAGUUCCAUCCCCGCACCAGUCCUGCCGGGGAACUGACUAGAAGAGGAAUCAACCUCCAGGGACAGUUGAGGGGCUGCGGAUCCGCGUCCACUGAGCGCCGACUGACAAAUUAGAUCAGAUGCACUUAGCUAAGCAUUUUUAUUUUCUUUUUUUUCUCUCUUUGUUUUAAACCAUUAUAUCGAAAAGUGAACUGUUUUCAUCGGAGUUCGCUGCAGCCGUGCUCUGACUUCCUCGCCAGAAAAUAGUCUGUAUUGUUUAGGUCCUAACAUUCCCAAAGCCUAAAGCAUGUAGAGUAUAUGUAACAGUGUGCCCCUAUCAGACCUGUGUGCUCACCACCCUCUCCUUUUUCUUUCCACUAAUUCAGUUCUUAACCUUGCCUCUGAAGUGCAUCUAAGUGCCAGUGCAUCUGUAAAUACAUGUGUAUAUGGAUGAAAUGUUGCUUUUCAUUUGCACUCGAAUGAUUUGAAAUGUUUCCUCCACCUUCGAAUAAAAGCUGUCAAACACCA